AUGCCCUAUACGAGGAACAGUGGCCCUACGAGUGCAAAUGAUCCUUCAAGCGGAACUGAGAAUGAUCCUAACGGCGGCCAUUGCGGCCAAGCCUUGGGCUUCUCAUCCAGUUCUUCCCACACUUACGGUACUCCCAAUUACUAUCUUCAACAGCAAUCCACCAGUGGAUACCUAUACCCACAUGGGCAUCAAACCCUCAGGCCUCCUCCUCUCAACGCUGGCUAUCACUCCAGGGACAACUCUAAGAAGCGCUCCUCUUCUCACGGCACUAGCAAUUCUGGCUAUGCUACCAGAGUCCCUUCAGUGGCUAGCCCACAACCACAACAGAGCUAUCCAGUCCAGACCUACCCAGUCCAAAGCUAUCCAGUCCAAAGUUACCCAGUCCACAGCUAUGUUCCCAGUCGCCAGCUGGGCCCACAGAAAGCAGACCGUCCUGGUAUUGAGGUCGUUCAUACUGCUCAUGUAAGCUCUUCAAAAUACGUGAAGGAGCGAAAGCUCAGCACCCCAAUUCCUUCAUCGCCUUCCGAGUACCCCUGCCUAUACCCAGACUGCGGCCACAUAAGUUCUCGAGCUCACGAUCUUAAAAGUCAUAUGGUUGUGCACUUUCCCCCUGCACCAGACGAGCUACUUGAUUGUAAGUACGAGUGGUGCGGGCGUAUUGGAUCACACGGUUUCAAGAGAAAAUACGAUCUUGAAGAGCAUAUGAGGAAGGUACAUUUCAAAGAGACUAACCUUCUCCCAGUAUCCUAUACCCACGAUUGGAUCACACGGUUUCAAGAGAAAUGA